UAAAGACAGGAACGAGUCCCAGAUUUCAGGUUUACUACACUGCCAGGGAGCUUUUCAUGGAAGCGCUGGAUGCAGAAACCAUCCAGGAGCUGAUUAGGAGAUCUGCAGGAACGAGAGCUGGAGUUCAGAGACUUCUACACAGCUUGAGUAACGAGCGGAGCACCUCUGUCUCUGACGGGGAGUACGGUGAGGCUUUAACGCUGUUCUCCAUUGUUCUGCAGAGUGGCUUGUCUCUUUUUUGACAGCUGCACCUUUGCGUCCGAGUUAACCCUGAAACUGGACAGACAGCACGGUCUCCUGAAGAGGAACAGCAUCCACACCCACCUGCUGUCUCUGACCAGGCUGAAGCAUGAAGACAAGCUGGAGGCUCUCUCUGCUUUCUGCAAGCAUUUAUUCCGCCGCUACCAGACUCUACACAACCCUGGUCUCAAACUGGCAGUGAAAAAGUACACGCUCUCCCACCAGCACGGUCUUUGCUCCCUCCAACUGGCCCUCCUCUGCGACUCAAACUCCGGCUUCAUCUGCAACAUGUACCUGUACUCUCCAGAGCAGCUGCAGACUCAGAGUAACGCGCCGGUAGUUGCCCAAGUGGUCAAACGGUUGGUAGAACCCUUCUGCGGCCACGGGCGGAUUGUUCAGCUGGACAACUCGGCGAGGAUGGAGGGCAGACUCAAAAUAAUCCUCUCUGAAUUACAGGAUAACAUUCGAUUGCCACCGUCGGAAAAAAAGCAAACUAUACCCCCGGCAUCAUCUUUGUCUCCGUCUAAAACUUCAGAGGAGUCAAAGUCAGAACUCACAGCCCACCUUCAGGGCUGUUCUGGACCUGCUCUGCUCCCUCUGUCGGACCUGAGAGGAUCCGGGGCAGAUGCGUUCAUGCCGGGCUUUUGGGUGGCCCUUCACACCGUCUGUAUCAACAUGUUUCUGCUCCACACUCUGCAGAGACAGGCCUCAGGCAGCACAGUUCCUCUGCCAGGGUUCACCAGGGCUCUGGCCUCUCAGCUGGCCGCAGACGGCAGCAUGGCCGUGCCCGUCCUGCCACGACUGAACAGCUGCUCCAACCAAGAAACCACGAGUCUUUCACAGCAAAGGUCAAACACAAAUGGCUGUUUUCAGAUGAUGGAGGGCACGAGCUACAACUUGAGGAGCAGGCCAUGCACGCCAUCAAACAAGGAGGGCAAACCAGGAGUUGUUGGGUUAGACAACAUCGGCAACUCGUGCUACUUCAAUGCUGUGAUGCAGUGUCUCUGUUCAACCAUGCCCUUUGUAGAAGACCUCCUCAGUCAGGAAACGCGCAGAGAGCUGGCAAAGUGCGAGUGCAGGAUCGCGCAGGUUUUCGUCCAGCUUCUGGAGCGGAUGUGGCAGGGGAGCAGCCCCAGCUGUUCCCCUGUGCAAGUCAUGGCUGCGCUGCCCUCCAUCUUCCCCCAGUUUGGCAGCUACACCCAGCAAGACGCACAAGAACUGCUGCUCCACCUUCUGGACGCUCUGCACGAAGACUUAAAAAAGAUGGAUUUGUCAAGAAAACAGCCAGGAAAUAAUCAGAACAGAAGCUCCAAAACUGAGUCCACCAUUAUCUCGGAUCUGUUUGAAGGCCAGCUAAACUACCUGACCAGCUUCCUCCACUGUGGUCACGAGGUGCGCAACAAUCAAACCUUUACUAUACUGUCACUUCCCAUCCCAAACGACAACAAGAAGUGCUCCAUUCAGGAUUGCUUAUCCCUGUUCUUCGAGGAGACUGUCCUGACUGGGGCCGAGCAGAGCGACUGCUCAGACUGCGGCCGAAAAAGAGAAGCAACAGUGCAAACUUAUUUAAACAAACCUCCAGAGAUUCUCGUUUUGCACCUGAAACGGUUUGGCUGUAAGGGGAGGAAACAGGUCAAGCUGUCAGCCAAUGUGUCGUUCUCCAUGGAGCUCGACAUCACUCCGUUUCUGUCCAGCUCGGUGCGGAGGCGGUCAUCUUACCACCUGUAUGCUGUCGUGAUCCACAGAGGUAACCUAGACAUGGGUCACUACACGGCUCUGUGCUACAACUCGGUGCUGGAGACGUGGCAUUGGUUUGACGAUUCUCUCGUCAGGGAAGUGCACGGGAGCGUCGUGCAGUCUCCAGAUGCUUACGUUCUGUUCUACAGCUGCAAGCCUUUCUAGAUCCAAGAGCUCUGAACUCUCCAUCCACAGCCACAGAUAAUAAAAUCAUUGCCACACAAAUGCAAAA